AUGGGAAGUAUUGAUACUCAUACACUUGCCCUUCUAGGAUGCAAUGAGUUGUUUAACGAGUGGAAUGCUAUUUUGCAGCAAUUACGUAAUUACCAAUUUGGGAAGGCUGAUUAUGUUGCCUUCAAAUAUAUAACCCUUUUGGAUGUUUGUUUUUAUCGAGCCCCAAACGAUCCCCCUAAUAUCGUCAGUCAAUAUGAUAAAGUAGUUCAAAUGCAUGAUCAAGUACUUCAUAGUUGGCUUCAUCUUCGAAGCUAUUCCGGCAAUCCAUCUAUAGCCAAGUCAGAUUCUCUCCAGAAAUUUAGGUGA